AUGCCAAAACGAACACUUAGCGUUCGAAACAAAAAAAUUGACGAUGAACAACUAUCGACAAGUGUUCAUACACGCUCAUCGACGAAACGUGCCAAUACAGAUGAAACAGUUCCAGCGAAAAAGGCCAAAAUCGAAAAGAAGACCAUUGAUAAAGAAAAUGUACCGAAGGCACAAGCACAUCCAAGCAAUAGCAAACCAAAUCAAUUCAAGCCAGUACGAUCACCGGCUCCUGCCCGACCAGCGCCAGUCAUCGAACCAGUAGUUAACGAUGAUUUGGAUACAAGUGCGAAUGAUGGCGACGACGACGACGAUGAUGAUGAUUUCAAUUUAAAUGAUUCUGAUGACGACGAUGUGGAAGAAGUGCAGGUCGGAUCACUUCAAAAUCAAUCGGCAGCUUUUUCUACUAAUAAUGAUGGUCAGGAUCAUCCAACUAAUAAACAAUACGUAGUCUAUGAAAAUAUGGGCCCGAACAAAGAACAAUUCAUCGUUUCGAAAACAGCUCGUUAUUGGAAUAAGAAAUAUCGUAGAGCAGUUGAUAACAGCAAUCCUGAUUUCUUUGGAAUGUAUAUUCAUAACGAUUUCAGUGCAUAUGGUGAAUUAGAAGUUGUUGAAAAUUGUAUAUUCGAUUUAAUCAAAUCUGUUUUUCUUACUCAACAACGUGGAUUAGGUGGAAUGAAAUUCAGUGAAAAACCAGCGAGUCGAGUUAACUACGUCCUUGGAUUUCGCCGUCUUGAAGUUUUAACACUUUUACUUGUUUAUACUGAUGGAAUCAGUGGCAUCGAUGAUGGCGAACGAUUCUCGGCUAUCAUGCGUAUUAUCGGUGCUUGCUAUGUAACAAUUCUCCGUGGUUUAUUGCCGCAAGCCAUGUUCGAAAAAAACCAGAAUAUCGAUCGAAAUGUAGUGAAGAGAUUAGCAACGAUUUCCAAGCAAAUACCGAAUUUCAAACAAGUUUUAGAGCAGGCACUUACUAUUGGUCAUAUGCUUGUAACAAUUGGUGACCUUUGCAGUACCUACACGAAAGUUCUUCAGACUGUCUAUUGCAAUUGGGUUUAUAUUAUGGAAAACCUCACCAUCGAUUUUAAUACGAAACCAACCCAUAUGCAAAAUAACCUUUGGACAGCGCUGAGACACGCAAAUUCGAUCGAUCAAAGUCAACUUGUCGAUGGUGAACCUGAAACAUUCGAGCUUUUCAAAGAAUUGAAUGUCUACCAAAGUGAAUAUAGCUUUGGUGGUUAUGAACAUGAUAUAACGUCGUUUGUCAUUGAAAAAAUACGCGCGUCGAACAUCGACAAUAACAAGUAG